UCUUUUGCCGUGUACGUUGACAUGUUAUGGAGACGUAUAGUACUUUUUUUUUUGUAUGUAUUUACGAGAUAUGUCCACAAAGUGCACAAAAACUGUUCAGAAUCAAUAUUAAAGAACUUCUUGUCUUUAAAAAUAUCUUUGAUUGAUGGCAGCUCCAAAAUUAAAAGUAAAAAUUUAUCCUGGAGACCUUCCAGAACAAAGUCAUUACCUUGGCUGGUAUCAUAUAAAUCAGCAGACUCAUCUUUUGAGAAUAAACAUGAAUCAUUUGUUGACAGUUUUCCCAUUUGUUCAAAUAUUGCCAUCUCAGCUAAAUUCCACAGAAGUUUACUGCAGAGCUGUUAUUACUGUUGUCCACUUCUUGGUGUCUCAGCAGCAGGUUUCACGACGGAAUGUAGUAUCCAGUUUGAAAAAACAAGAAAUCAGAACCUGAUUUUAAAACUAUGCAAUUCACUGGAGCUGAAUUUUCCAGCCAGCAGUGUCCAUGAUGGACAUAUUUAUAGAAUAGCGGAUUCUGAAAUUGAAGGACUAGAAGAUGUCUCAGCAGCGGGUUUCAAGACAGAAUGUAGUUUCCAGUUUGAAAAACCAAGAAAUCAAAACUUGAUUUUAAAAUUAUGUGAUUCACUGGAGCCAAAUUUAUCAGCCAGCAGUACCCAAGAUGGGCAUGUUUAUAGACUAGUUGAUUCUCAAACUGAAGGAUGGAAAGGUCUCACAUCUGACUCCUUACCUCCAGAAAAAGAACAACAAAGAAAGAAAGUGGAUUUUGCACAGAGCUACCUUGGUGAAAAUGGAGAGAGUUCUCCAGGCCAAUUUAUGAAAUUGCUGGAAGUAAUAGAGAAGUUAUUAAAUAUCAUUGUGUUAGUAAUGGUGAUAGCUUGUUUUGCAAUAUUUAUUUUGUUAAUGGGAUUUGGCUUUUGGCUAGAUAGACUAGGCAGCCAAAGAGAAGUGGACCCUGAAGAGACAAGGGUCACAUUUGAGGAUGUAAAAGGGGUUGAUGAGGCAAAACAAGAAUUGAAAUGUUUAGUUGAAUUCUUGAAGAAUCCAGGAAAGUUUUCAGCAUUGGGUGCCAAGCUUCCUAAAGGCAUUCUGCUUGUUGGACCUCCAGGCACUGGAAAAACCCUUCUAGCUCGUGCUGUAGCAGGUGAAGCUGGGGUGCCAUUCUUUCAUUCAUCAGGUUCAGAAUUUGAUGACAUCCUUGUUGGCCAAGGAGCUGCAAGAGUUCGCAGUCUCUUCAGAAGAGCAAAAACCUGUGCUCCAUGUAUAAUAUUUAUUGAUGAAAUAGACUCCAUUGGAGCAAAACGUACAAGCUCAAACUUCCAUCCUUACGCAAACCAAACAAUUAACCAGUUAUUAUCUGAAAUGGAUGGAUUUGAUCAGAAUCAGGGAGUGAUUGUCCUUGGAGCUACAAACAGGAGGGAUAGUUUAGAUAAAGCUCUUAUCCGUCCAGGAAGAUUUGAUGUUGAAGUAACAGUACCUGUGCCUGAUUAUGUGGGACGUAAGGAAAUCCUUGACUUAUACUUGGGUCGUAUACUCAGCAGGGAUGUUGAUGUUGAAAUGUUAGCACGAGGUACUACUGGUUUCACAGGAGCAGACCUCGAAAGUAUGGUGAACCAAGCAGCAAUUAGAGCUGCUAUUGAUGGUGAUGAUUCUGUUUCUAUGAAGCACCUUGAAGAUGAAAGGGACAAGGUUCUUAUGGGUCCUGAAAGAAAAUCGAGAAUACCUGAUGAGGAAACAAAUACAAUAACAGCUUAUCAUGAAGGUGGUCAUGCAAUUGUUGCCUAUUACACGAAAGAUUCACAUCCACUGCAUAAAGUGACUAUUAUUAGACGUGGUUCAUCUCUUGGCCAUACUGCAUACAUGCCAGAAAAAGAGAGCUACUAUGUUACAAAGUCACAGUUAAUGGCUGUGUUGGAUAUGCUGAUGGGUGGUCGAGCAGCUGAAGAGCUCAUCUUUGGUCCUGAUAAAAUAACUUCAGGAGCCUCAAGUGAUUUAAAGCAAGCAACUUCUAUCGCAACCUCUAUGGUUAAAGAAUGGGGAAUGUCUACAACUGUUGGCCUCCGGACAUACGAUAACCAUGACAAAUUAUGGGUUAAUGAACUUAGCCCAGGCACAGCAGAACUGGUUGACAGUGAAAUUAAAAGACUAUUGAUGGAAUCAUAUGAACGUGCAAAGAGCAUUCUCAAAGCUCAUCACAGUGAGCACAAAUUACUGGCAGAAGCUUUGCUGAAGUAUGAGACACUUAAUGCUGAAGAUAUUAAAGAAAUAAUAAAGAGCAAAGAUACAGCAAGCACAAGUCGACUUGGGUGGAGGUCUCUGUCUGUCACCAAAUGCAAGAAAACUGAUCUGAUGUGGCACCCUCAUUUGCAAUCAUGCUGUGUCAGCGAUAAAGUCGGAAUGAAAUAUCCACAACAUUCCUCAUACUUCACACACAGUUUGAGAUAUUGAAAUGAGAUUUUGGCAAAUGACGGCACACAAAGGUGAGAGUAUUUUGCUAUGUGGUUAUUACGCAAAACUUCAUUAUCUACCAUGUUAUUCCACUAACGUGCUCUACUGGGGCUGUCAGAGAGACGAUAAAUUAAUCAGACGCUUCCAUCCCAUGGGAACAUAGUGAAUAAGCACAAACUUGGGCCUUUUUUUAUUAGAAAUGAAAAAUCACAUGAAAUUUCCUUGACAGUAGAGACAUGGGAAUAUGUAUCUCUUAUACCAAUUAAAAAUUCAAAUUAUGCGGA